AUGACUACACCUUCAGCUCCUUCUGUUAUUAAUCCAGAUAUUUCAUCACUGCCGCAUCCUGAUACCUCAUCUCCUUCUGGAGACUGGCUUCUGUCUCCCAAUAAUACCGCUGGCGCGCCUAACAAAUGUUCGCGUACUGUCUCCGAUGACGCUAUGAAUGUUGAUAUAACUUCGCCUGUUACUCCUGUCUCCAACCUUAUAUCCAGUGUUCCUUCAGGUCUUCCCAUCAAUAAAGUCCAAGUGAUCACUUCUCCCGACAAUACUACCACUCCCGUUGAAACUGCUUUAGUGCAGUCUACCUCCUCUUAUUAUCAUGCUGCUGCAUAUUUAUGUGACAUGCCUGAUGCAUUCAAAUCUAAAUUUACUACCAACCGUGCUAUAUGCGACAAAGUCGAUCGUGCCUUCUCCAAACUUUCCUCUUAUAAUUCCCGUGCUCGUUGUGAAGGAUCUGGUGACAAAAAGAGAAUCCUCGUCUCCUUUUUUGCACAGGCUGAUCUUACCUCUUCUACCUCUGCUACAUAUUCAAAAGCCCAACGUGAUGCACGAAGACAAUAUGUAGCAGUUCUGGCUGGUAUUCCAAAAAAUAUUAAAGAAGCUGACUUAACUGAUAUCGCCAACCAAGUCUCUGCUAAAGCGAUCAAUAUCCCGCUUUCCUACACUUUUUACAAACUCAAGCCCUAUGUGUAUAUAAAUUUUUUCUCACAAGAAACUCUCGAUUCAGCCUUGAAAUUGACUGUCUCAUUCAAGAAUCAAGGUCUCACUUGGCAUUUACCUGAUCAACUAGACAAAUUAUACUCUCGAUUUAAAACUGGCCCUCAAAGAGGUCGUAAUCCGAAUCAAUUCUUCCGUCAUUCUUCUUCACGCUCGCGUUCCUGUUCUUGUCCCUCCUGUUCUGCCCAUAAUACUGGGAACAGGUCAAAUAAUUCUCGUCAAUCUGGACAAGGACACCUUUCUAAUACUCCCUUCUCUACCGGUCCUUCAUCUUCCCGCACUCAACAAUCACAGCCUAUAGGUAGGCCAUUAGUCACUCCACCUACCCAAACUUACCCAAGUAUAACUCCAGAAGAGAUAGCUGCUCUUCGGCUUGAUGGAUUAUCUCCUUUCCCAGUAACUACAGCAUUGCCUGAUAAUAAUACCACCACUUCAUUCCCGCUGCUCAACAGUUGGCAGGACCUUCUUUCUGCUGAUAGUUCAGAUCAUAUUAAUUUUCAUAAUAAUUCUUAUUUUCCAUUUCAUAUUUCUUCUUCUGUUCAUUCUUCUGAUUUAUCUUCAUCUAAUAUUUUGCGGUUAGGCUCUCUUAAUGUUCAAACCAAUUUAUGUUCUCCUGCUCAUCGUUACAUUUGUAACCCUUAUUUGACUUUUUAUAAUUUUCAUUCUUGGUUUAUACAUUCCUCUACUGCCAAUCGUCAUUCUAGUGUUGGCAUUAUUUUACACUCUUCCUUGGCUAUGUAUGUAAUUAAAAAGAAGUUUUUUAACGAUAGAUUAAUUGGUUUAACUCUGCAACUUUCAGGAAAAUGUAAUGUGGUUCUUAUUGGCGGUUAUAUUCCUCCCGUUAGUAACUCGAAUCGCUCAAUUAUCGCUGAUUGCCAUUCCACUCUUAUCUCAUGGAUUCAUUCCGCUAGGCUUUUGAAUCACAAUGUUCUUCUUGGUGGUGAUUUUAAUGCGGUUUAUGAACAUUUCUUGACACAGAUUUCUGCUAAUCAUCCCUUUGAACUCUCUAUUCAAAAUGCUUCACGAACAACAUUUUGA